UGUGGUCCAGCGGGUCGCGGUUGGUCCAGGUCAGGAGCUGCGGCACGUCGUCACUUCACUUUGACGCACAUCAUUCACGCUGACAUCAAACUUUUGAUUAAAAAAAAAAGAAAAAAAGAAAAGUGUUGUUUGUUUCGAGAGAGAAACUCACAGUUAAUGUUUGAAAAUGUCUGAAGACUCAUGGGCAGUUGCUGUCGACGUUCAAGAAGCUACAACUCCAUCCGCACAGUUGGACUUCUCAAGAAAAGUGGAUCGAGUGUGUGUUCCUCGUAACAUAAGAGGAGACAUAAAUGGCAACAUUGGGCCGGAGAAGAUUGAAAAUGAAGGUUUGAGGAAAGAUGGGGACAAGGUGGACCUGGCUGAGCAGUCCCUGUUGAAUAAGCUGAUCCGCCGCUCUCUGGUGAGGAACAGGAACCAGGUGGAGGUCCUGCAGAGGGACCCCACAUCCCCUCUGUUCUCAGUGAAGACUUUUGAGGAGUUGAGACUAAAACCUGAACUGCUGAGGGGCGUGUACAACCUGGGAUUCAACAGACCCUCAAGGAUCCAGGAGAAUGCUUUGCCCAUGAUGUUGGCACAGCCACCUCAGAAUCUGAUCGCCCAGUCACAGUCUGGCACGGGUAAAACUGCCGCUUUUUCUCUGGCCAUGCUCAGCCACGUAAACCCAGAAAAUAAGUGGACUCAGUGCCUUUGCAUCUCGCCAACAUACGAGCUAGCUCUCCAGAUUGGUCAAGUAAUCGAGCAAAUGGGGAAAUUUUGCCCUGAAGUGAAACUGGCCUACGGCAUUCGGGGAAACAGAAUGGAGCGAGGCAUCAAGUUGCAGGAACAGAUUGUCAUUGGAACACCAGGCACAGUCCUCGACUGGUGCACCAAGUACAAGCUUAUUGACCCCAAGAAGAUUACUAUGUUUGUGCUCGACGAGGCUGAUGUGAUGAUCGCCACACAAGGUCAUCGGGACCAGAGCAUACGGAUCCAUAGACAGCUGACAAAGGACUGCCAGAUGCUCCUUUUCUCUGCAACCUUUGAGGACUCGGUGUGGAGGUUUGCAGAGCAGGUGGUUCCUGAUCCCAAUAUCAUCAGGCUGAAGCGCGAAGAGGAGACGCUGGACACCAUCAAGCAGUUCUAUGUGCUCUGUAGGGAGAAGGAGGACAAGUUCACAUCACUCUGUAAUCUAUAUGGGAGCCUUACCAUUGCACAGGCCAUGAUCUUCUGCCAUACUCGCAAGAUGGCUUCUUGGCUGGCAUCAAACCUGAUCAAUGAGGGGCACCAGGUGGCAUUACUGAGUGGAGAAAUGACAGUGGAGCAGAGAGCUGCCGUGAUCGAACGCUUUAGGAACGGCAAGGAGAAAGUUCUGGUGACCACAAACGUGUGCUCCAGAGGUAUUGAUGUGGAACAAGUGUCGCUUGUGGUCAACUUUGACCUCCCUGUGGACAUGGAUGGGAAAGCAGACAAUGAGACGUACCUCCACCGCAUUGGUCGCACGGGACGCUUCGGCAGGAGAGGAUUUGCGGUCAACAUGGUUGACAGCAAACGCAGCAUGGAUAUAAUCAACCAGAUUGAGAUGCAUUUCAACCGGAGAAUCACGAAACUUGACACCAGUAAUCUGGAAGAAAUGGAAAGCCUGAUCAGCUGAAGGCUUUGCGACGUGCACAACGCAAUACUGAAACAGUUUGACGUGUUACCUCAAAUGGGACUUGAGUUCUUUCCUGGGUUUAUUGUUUGCAUUUUUAUUGUUUACAGAAGAGAGAUGCAUGCCAACUUAUUUCAUGGCAGUUAUUUGUGCCAAAGUUUUUUCAUUUGAUGUGUUGGACUUUGAUUGAUCACUUAAGUCACCUUAAGCCCUUAAACUGUCUUCCAGAGACUAUAAACCAACCACUAUCUGUUAAAACAGCAUUUAAGAAGGGUGGAGAUGAUACUACAGUCGAUGGUUUGCAGUGUUGCGUUUGAUUAUCUAAAGUGAAUUAUUACUGUAGGAUUGGGGGGGGGUAUAAGAAUGUGUCUGAUCUAAAUAUCCUUGAGUGACUUGAAGCAUUCUAAGGUUUAAAUGCCUGUUUCAGCCAAAGUGGUAGCUUAGUUUCCAGAUAACUUUAUUUGAUGUUUGACUGUGAAGCCAGAGCUGUUGCUCUUUUUG